AAUCCGAGAGUCUCUGCUUCAGCUCUCACUAGACUCCAGCUGCCCCAGGCGGUUUCCCUCGCCCUUCUCUGUCCUCUGUUCCCCCAGGUGGCUCAGGCAGCUUCAGCUGCUCCUCUCGACUCUCCUCCCCCUUAACGUGGGUUCCACCCUCUGAGCCUCUGCUCCGGUCCGCCCAGUCUAUCGUUGGUCAGCCCCGUCCGCAGCUCCAGGUUCCUCCAGCACCCUGCGUUUAAGAGGCUCCCCUCCAGUCCUCCCUGUCGGUCCCUGGUUCAGCUUGAAGCCCAGAAAGGCUCCGCUCCGGUCUGCCUGAUUCAGCGGCUCUCUCCGUCCGCCCCGUCGGCAGGGCAGUGCCACACAGCUCUGAUUCCCGAUGGCCGGGGAAUACCAGCUCGCGUCCAGCCAGCUCCAGUUCCGCAUCUUGCUGCUGGGGGACGCGGAGGUGGGCAAGACUUCGCUGCUGCUUCGCUACCUGGAGGGAGACUUUUGGGAUGAUCAGCCCCCCAGCUCCACCGUGGGCGUCGAGUUCUACUGCCGUAUGUUGGAGCUGGCCUCGGGUCUGAGGGUCAAGCUGCAGCUGUGGGACACGGCAGGAGCCGAACGCUACAGGAGCAUAACUCGGUCCUUCUACCGGAAUAUGGCGGGUGUCCUGCUGGUCUUUGAUGUGACCAACAGGACGUCCUUUGACCACAUAGAAGACUGGUACCAGCAGGUGGCAUCCAUGCAAGUCCAGUACAAGGUUCUUUACGUGUUGCUUGGCCACAAGAGUGACCUGCAGCAGGCUCGGCAGGUGUCAACGCAGGAAGCAGAACAUUUAGCUGCGGUUUUGGGCACAUCUUUCCUGGAGACCUCAGCCAAGACCAACAGUAAUGUGGCUCUGGCCUUCGAGACCCUCACCCACGACAUCCAGCAGGCCCUCCAAAAUGGGGAGAUCAAAGUGGAUGGAACCUGGGGGGGAGUCAAGGUCAUUCACGGAGCUCAGCCUCCCCAAAACCAGCGGAGAAAAAAGCCAUCUCAACAAUGCCAGUGUUGACAUCAGCGAAGAUGGACAGAACGGACACGGAGAACCAAACCUGAGCUGGGAGGUCCUCACUGGACUCAACACUGGAAAGAACCUUGGGUCAUCUAAUCCAGUGCCCUCAUUUUAUGGAGGAAAAUAAUGAAGCUCAGAGAGGGCUAGUUACUUGCCCAAGGUCACACAGCUAGUCAGUGACUGAACCAGAUUAGAACCUAAACAGGGAAGUCUAAUGCUCUCUGUUCUGUUGAGCUGCUUCUCAGGGCACAAAGAUAAUGCCAUCAUUAUUCCUCUGGGAAAAAGGCCAGCAGGCCAGCUUGCCCUUGGGUCCACACUAAAUUGCCUGGUGGCAGAAGACAGAGAGGUCCUAUUGCCUCUAAGAUAAAAUGAUAAUAGCCAACUUUUAUGCAAUGAUUUAAGGUUUAGGGGCAGCUAGGUGGCACCAUGGAUAGAGCACCAGGCCUUGAGUCAGGAAGACUCAUCUUUCUGAUGAGU